AUGGAUACAUAUCUCCUCAAAGCAGCCGUCCUCUACGCGCUGUCUGCCACGCAGCAGACGACCACGCUAGUCGACGAGUUCCUGCAGAACACCUCCUUCGCCAACUCGGACCUGGACCCGCUCGCGUACGAGCUGCUCGACCUCCGCACACCACUCGAGCGGCUGGGGGACUCGGAGAUAGUGAUACCGGCACGCCUGCAGCCGCCGAUCCUGGCCAUAGUUCGUGGAUGCGGAGAUGCGCUCGCCCGCGUCGAUGCUGUGCUCAACGAGUGCGCCGACGGCCCGCUGCGGGAGGCGCUCUGGGUGGCCAAGGUCCCGGAGGUGCGGGAUUUGAAGGACGGUUUGCAGACAUGCCGGCGGGCGCUGCAGCUCGCCUUGGAGGUCGUGAACCUGGCGGCGGCCAAGGACAUCGGUGCUGAUGCGGAUGGACUCUCGACAUAUCUCGACCAAGAUACGUCCAGGGUCCUGGCCUUGAUCCGCCGCACGAUCCAACAGGCCCAGGAAGGCGAGAACCGGGACGGCCUGAACUCGACUCUCAAGAAGUCACUCGACGACAUCCGUCUUUACGUGCAGUCACUGUGCAGGUCAGCGACUAGGGACGAGUCGACGCCUAUUACUCCGCCGACGACGCUGAUGAAACCAUUCUUUAAGGAGAACGAGGAGUUCGUAUCUACCAAGUCGAAGCUCGACAGCUCUGCCGCUGACUUUGAGCCCGACGACACCUCCCACGCUCCUCGGCAGUUCGCUACGACCGGCAAAGCGGUUGAGCAGCGCGUUUGCGACAACAGCUUCUCAUCACCCUUCAAAGUUUUCGACCAAGUUUCUAUUGCGGGCUCUACAAAGUCACACUCGUCCGAUCGGCGAGAGUCAGAAGGACUCACGCCUCUACCACUUUUCGCCGUGAGCCCACCCGACAAGAUUUACAUCGAACCUAGCGAAGUGCCUCUCCGCUAUAACCAACCGAGGAGUACACCAACUGCACCCUCUAUCGAACUAGUACGGACAAAGAUGCUUUCGUUCAACGAGAAGGGAUCAGGCCACGCCGUGACAGCAUUCCACGUGGACGUGUCCCCAGCGUCGUACAUCGUGGCAAGCAAACACGGCGACAAGACCAUGAAGAUCUUCGGGCUGCCGCUCUCCAACGUGCAGUCAUCCAUCAAGGUCAACUUCUGGGUCAGCAUGCAGCCGCGGUCGCGCGACUUCUUCGUCAGCAGCCACGCGAUCCUGUCCGAGACGAGCGCGCUCAUCGCCGUCGCCUCCGGGUUCGGCAACAGCCUCGAGGUCUGGAACUGGGAGCGCAAGAAGAAGCUGCAGUCCAUCGACGCCGCCUUCCGCUGGGCGGCCGUCAAGGCCGACAUCUACGACGCCAAGUUCCCGCCCCUGGCCUGCUACCGCGAGACGGGCGACGCCAUCGACCUGUACCCGGUCGCGGCCCAGGACAGCAGGCCCGGCGGCGACUCCAAGCCUUGGAGCAGGAAGCCCUUCGGCAAGCCCGUCUCCAUCGAGCUCUGCAGGACCGGGCUGCCCCACGUCCCCAAGCUGCCCGAGCUGGCGUUCUCAGCCACGUCGCCGCUGCUAGUCGCGGCCGCCGGGCCCCGGCCGCCGCGCGCGGGACACCCGCCCCCGCCACACUCCGCCAUGCUGAUGACGUGGGACCUCAGCCGCCCAGCAGGCCCCGACGGCAAGCCCUCGUCGCGGCCGAGCCGCGUGUGCAUGCCGCGGCAGAAGCAGCUCGAGACGGCGCUCCCGUGCGGGAUGGCCACGCACGGCGACCUGGUGGUCUCGAUCUGGAUCCCCAACAACGUGCGCGUGAUCGGGCGGCCGGGCGCGUGGCAGGUCGAGCCCGUCGCCGUGCACGAGCGGUGGGUGCUCGUGUGGGACCUCGCGGCCGACACGACGUCCGUGUUCCCCAUCCCGGACGAGAACACCAUCGCCUGCAUCAGCCCGGACUGCCGGUACGUCGCGUACCGGCAGGGCCCCGGGGCGGACACGGGGCUCGGCGGCACGAGGAACUGCCUGGUGAUACUGGACGCUCUCCACGGCGGGAGGGAGCUGUGGAGGAUCCCGACUUUUGGCGGGGGGAUGACCAUCGCGGGAGGGAGUGAGCAGUUGUUGGAUUUGUCGAGGGUCACUUCGAUUUCCUUCUCGUCUGACGGUAAAAUGUUCUUCGUGGGCGAUGCCGAUGGUUCCGUGGGCGUUUAUGAAAUACGAGGAGGCGAGGGAGGCAAUUUCAACAUGGUCCAGAAACAAUGGUGA